UGUGUACUGAAAACGCCAGUGGGAGGAGCAUUUGGGCAGACAUCUUCCCUUCCGCCCAUAUUCAUGGCUUGCAUAACUAAUACUAUCCUCCCAAAAUGCAACAGGAUCCCUCUUAAUCUGUUUGAUUGGAUGAAGGGCAGGAGAGCAGAACAGAGACCAUCGCAGAAGUACCAUGACAUCGAUCUUCCAUUCUCUCUAUCACUAGUAGCCAAAACACACCUACGAGGUAGGGAGCUGAAAUGCUGCUAUAGGGCCUCUAUUGAUGGCUUCAGUGCAACUGAGUUUCACAACUGUUGUGACUUCAAAGGCCCUUGUGUGGUGAUAGGCUACACCACAAAGUCCUUCAGGUUUGGAGCAUUCAAUCCUGAAGGAUACAGGAGCACUGAUGAUUACUAUGAUACUUUUGAUGCAUUCCUGUUCUACUGGAAGGAGGCUGCUGAUGAGCCUAUCAUACUUCCCAAGGUUGGUGGCAGCGGUGCGGCGCUCUUCGACUAUGCUAGGGGUGGACCGCAGUUUGGCGCCGAUGGCCUCCUCAUCGGCCCACCGCUUGCACCGGUAAUGGGAGGUUUUGCAGGGCCUGACACGAACUCCGGCAUCGGUGACCUCAGGCAGGCCAAGUCUAGGCUGGGACUGUCCUAUGCUAAGAGGGAAGAUGGGAAGGAAUCUCUGUUUGGGGAUGAAUCUAGAGCAACUCUGGUGGAAGUGCAGGUCUUUUGUAGCCCCCAGAUAGCAAGCUUGUACUGAGAAGAAAUCCAAAAUCAGUCCAGCAACAAGACAUCCAUACCAACCCAUAGUUAUGGCAAGAAGGGAGGGAGAUCAAAUUUGGCAGAUAAGAUAUUAUCCACUGAUGAUAAGUUGAUCCGUUGUGGAGGUAUCUCUCCAAGACCUGUUUCAGGUUGACUACUUGUGGUGCAUACAGUCCUGGACUGGUAUCACUCAGCUUUCAAACAUGUUGAUAAGAGCUUUUGUUUCAUAUAAAUGCUAAUGGAAGAACAAAGUGAGGAGUUGAGCAUGAUAAAUAAUUUGUCAUUGUUAUUUUUCCAAUGUAUACUGCUGUAGUUGCAUGUUU